AGAUUAGGAAAGGGGUACCCAUGAAGACCCCAAGGCUGCUGCAGACAUCUGCCUGCCUACUGGCAGCAUGGCAUCCCCCCUGCAUGGCACUCUCCUCUUCCUGCUGUUCUCCAUCCAUGGGGAUCCAGUCCUGGGCUCAGAGAUUGUGGGAGGAAGGACGGCUGUGCCUCACUCUCGCCCGUACAUGGCAUCUCUGCAGCAGCGUGGUGGUCACUUCUGUGGGGGGACGCUGAUUCAUCCUCAAUUCGUGAUGACUGCAGCCCACUGCUUGAGUGGCAAGAACCCUCAGCGCGUGCAGGUGGUGCUGGGGGCUCACAACCAGCGUAGACAAGAGCCUACCCAGCAGAGAUUGCAAGUCCGGAGAGUUUUUGAGAAUGGCUUCAACCCUCAGACUCUGCGGAAUGAUAUUGUAAUCCUGCAGCUGGAAGGCACGGCCACCAUCAAUGCUAAUGUUCGGGUGGCCCCACUCCCCCAGCAAGGCCAGAAUGUGAGAGUUGGAACCCAGUGCCUGGCCAUGGGGUGGGGGCAAUUGCAGAACAACAGAGGCCCCCCUUCCCAGCUGCAGGAACUCAACGUGACCGUGGUUACCACUCGCUGCCCCUCCACCAACCUCUGUACUCUGGUACCCCGCCGCAGGGCCGGAAUCUGUUUCGGAGACUCUGGGGGACCCUUGGUAUGUAAUGGAAUAGUCUAUGGUAUUGACUCCUUCAUUCGAGGAGGCUGUGGCUCCGGCUUCUACCCUGACGCCUUUGCCCGGGUCUCCCAAUACAUCCAGUGGAUUAACUCCAUCCUUCAGCGUCACACAGGCUAUGCCCAGCGGUCCUGGAGAAGGACAGCCACAGGAAGACAGAAGCUUUUCUAAUCCACUUAUCUUCUCCCCACCAUGCUGCUGCAUUCCUGUGUAUACUUUCCCAUACCACAUAUGGAACAAUAAAAUUGUCUUUCAAUUAUCUUCUCCA